UUCGACAACAUCUUCCUUCGCGAUUCGUGCACUUGCUCCCAGUGCGUCGACACAUCUACACGACAGAAACGCUUCGACUCUGCCGACAUUCCUACCAACAUCAGGGUCAGAAACAUGGAAUCUAAACAGGAAAAUGUUGUCAUCACUUGGAAGCACGAUGUCCCCGGCUUUGGUCCAGACCAUGAAACUGUUCUGAAUAUCGAACAUCUUGCGUGGUCACCAGACUUCCCAAAGACCCAUGAGUAUUUGGGUGGGAAAUUCGCCUGGGACCAUAAUACGCUGGAGAACAGCAGACUUGAUUUCGACUACAACGAGUACAUGUCGGACGAAAAGGUCCUUUUUGAUCUUUUGCAACAACUACAGAUGUAUGGUCUGGUAUUCAUCAAGAAUGUUCCCGAAGCAGAGUCAUCAGUUGUUCAAACAGCCAAUCGCAUCGGACCACUGAAGAACACCUUCUAUGGUGACACAUGGGAUGUGCGCAGUGUGUCAAACGCAAAAAAUGUCGCUUAUACUGAUGUGCAUCUUGGUUUCCACAUGGAUUUGCUUUACAUGCAGCAACCUCCAAGACUGCAGCUCCUUCACUGUUUGCGUGCGUCCGAACAAGGUGGUGUCUCUUUGUUCAGCGAUUCUUAUCGUGCUGUGCAACAACUCUACGAUAUGGACCAGGCCGCAUUCGAGGCUCUUGCAGAGACGCCAGUCAACUUCCAUUAUGACAACGACAAUCACCAUUAUUUCCGAAGUCGCCGCACAUUCCAAUUACGCGAAGACGUUACUAAGUUACCUAGGAACGUUCCCAAAGUGUACAAUUAUUUGGAUGCAGUGAAUUGGGCACCCCCAUUCCAAGCCCCAUUCCACCACACUGAAGGCGACGUAAAAUUCGCCAAAAGCAUGCGAGCAUGGCACGAAGCGGCGCAAACCUUCAGAGAUCUUACAGAGUUGGACUAUAAUGUUUACAGACGGCAGAUGGCACCCGGCGAGUGUGUGAUCUUUGACAACCGCCGUGUCCUACACGCCAGAACAGCAUUUGCUGGUGGCGAAAGAUGGCUCAGGGGUGCUUAUUUGGAUGAUGAUCCGUACCUGAGCAAGAUGCGAGUGCUCGCGAGAACCUACGGAAGCCAAUCAUUCAAAAGUAGAACCCGGCCGCUCCCGGUGCCUAGUAAAUAG